AUGGGCACCAAAAAGGCAGCGAUCGCUGCUACACUGGCAAACUUGUCCAAAGCUGACUUCGAGUCGUUUUGUUUUCAUCUAAUAGACUCCCGCCGGGUUCCGCGCAUCAAGGUUGAAAAUAAGAGCUACUUGGAGGUUACCAAUGUAAUUGUGUCUUGCUUCACCGAGAACGAAGCUCCUGCCUUCACCUCCAACAUUCUGAGGAACAUGGGUUGCAGCGAUGAGGCCAAUGAUCUCGGUCAGUCAGGGAAGCACUUUGUGGACGAGCACAAACUGCAGCUGAUCGAGCGCGUGAAGAACAUCAACCCCAUUCUCCUCGGGCUGCAAGACAAGAACGUCAUCCAGGCUGAGGUGUAUGAAGACAUCAGCUACCACACGCCAGGCAGCCAGAACAAGAUGAGGAAGAUCUACGAUCUGGCUCUCAAGUCGGGCACCGAUGCUAAAGACGUCUUCUUUAAACUCCUCCAGGAGCACGAGUCGUACCUUGUGAAAGACCUCCAGAAGAAAUGA